CUCGCGCGCAGUGAUUUGUGGCGGGAAAGUUGAGGUUAAUUUCUGCUGGAAGUGGGUUCUGUCGGUUUGAUGGACAAAUUAAAACAAAUGUCAUAAUCAGUAGGUUUCUGUUGACACCAGGACACCAGCUGGACCCGAAUCCAGAGCGGGCAGGGCUGUGAGCAGAGUUCGAACCGACCCGGUUCUGUUUGCAGCCAUGAACACCUCAGACAGCGAGGAGGACGUCUACAACGAGAGGACGGCUCUGGUCCAGUCCGAGAGUCCCGUGGUUCCGUCCUACAGACCCGACCCAGGUCUCAAUCCAGAGCAACAGUCCAAACGGGAGGGGAUCAGCAGGCGGAACCGUCCAGGCCUGGACGGUGGGGCAUCUGAUCAGGAGGUGGAUGCCGACGAGGAGGAGCUGCCUCUGAAGUAUGGAGCGAAGCACGUCAUCAUGCUGUUCAUCCCCGUCACCCUCUGCAUGGUGGUGGUGGUUGCCACCAUCAAGUCAGUCAGCUUCUACUCUGAGAAGACCAACCAGCAGCUGAUCUACACGCCGUUCACCGAGGACACGCCAAAUGUUGGCCGCCGACUCCUCAACUCUGUCCUCAACACCAUCAUCAUGAUCAGCGUCAUCGUGGUCAUGACCAUCCUGCUGGUGGUCCUUUACAAGUACCGCUGCUACAGGUUUAUCCACGGCUGGCUCAUUCUGUCGUCUCUCAUGCUGCUCUUCUGGUUCAGCUUCAUGUAUCUGGGUGAGGUGUUUAAGACGUACAACGUGGCGGUGGACUACCCAACAGUGGCCAUGAUCAUCUGGAACUUUGGGGCCGUCGGGAUGAUCUGCAUCCACUGGAAGGGGCCCUUGCAGCUGCAGCAGGCCUACCUGAUCCUGAUCAGCGCUCUCAUGGCACUGGUCUUCAUCAAGUACCUCCCCGAGUGGUCAGCCUGGGUCAUCCUGGGAGCCAUCUCUGUCUACGACCUGGUGGCUGUCCUCAGUCCUAAAGGACCGCUCAGGAUGUUGGUGGAAACGGCUCAGGAGCGCAACGAGCCCAUCUUCCCCGCCCUCAUCUACUCCUCUGCCAUGAUGUGGACGGUGACGAUGGCGAACUCUACGGACGCUCAGCGCACUGAAGCAGUUUCAGAUGAGGAGGCAGAGCAACACAAGAGGAGGGCGGAGCCUCAGGGUCAACAGCUGAGGACCCUUUCAGAAGAGGAGCUGGAGGAGGAGCGUGGGGUGAAGCUGGGCCUUGGCGACUUCAUCUUCUACAGUGUUCUGGUUGGGAAAGCUGCGGCGACGGGUGGAGACUGGAACACCACCAUUGCCUGCUUCGUCGCCAUCCUCAUUGGCCUGUGCCUAACUCUGCUGCUCCUGGCCAUCUUUAAGAAGGCCCUGCCGGCGCUGCCCAUCUCCAUCACCUUCGGCCUCAUCUUCUACUUCUCCACCGACUUCCUGGUCCAGCCCUUCAUGGACAGCCUGGCCAAUUACCAGUUCUACAUCUGAGACCAGGCCCCGCCCACUUCACCUGCCUCCCCUUCUCGAUGCUGGUCUGUUGAUGCACAAAGACUGCUUCCUGUGCAGGCCUUGGAGCCACAGGAAGUGAUGUUAUAGUCAGGGUGUUAGCAGGUUGUCUCUACUCAGGUGUUUAGUAGAUGAAAGCUCCGCCCCCAGUCUGUUUCCAGUUUUUGCCUUCUUCCUGGUUCGGAGCUCACAGUAACGUUUAUUUUAUUUAUCUGAGAAGAAGAGCUUGUGAUUAGCUGAUGCUGCUGGCAGUCAAGGCAGACACGCCACCUUCAUGUUUGUUGUCUGAGCCUGACUGACCUCAGACCAGCUCUCAUGCCAAUCAGGAGCUGAAGUACGGAAGCUCAAAGAGGACAAUAAAUAUUUUUAAAGGAGGCCAUGAAGUGGGCGGAGCUACUGGUUUUCGUACAUCACAAGCUUGGUUUGUAUCGGAUUAAUAAAGAUCAAAAACAUUUACAAGACAAAGUAAAAGCCUCAAUGAAAUGUGUGCAGCUGAGGAUGUUUUAUUUUGAAAUAUUGUAAUGAAUGUAAAGAUUUGAACGUAUACUUGAAGUAUCUAACAAAGUAAAAAGACCUGGACAGAUUUACCUUGUUGAAAUGUUUCAUCUU